AUGCCCGAAAGAGUCCUCUCAGUUAAAGAAAUUGCAGAACAAGCCAAUCAUGGUGUUAAAGUCUACCCAAACAUUUCGCUUAAAAUGCACUUGCGCACCGUCAAUACCUUGGCUCAGCAGGCGAAUAGUUAUAAGCAGGAAGGAAAUUUUCAAGAAGCCUAUAAGUUUUAUAUGAGAUUUGCAAUAAUGGCACUUGAAAAAUUACCAGGCGAACAUCCAGAAUAUAAAAAACCAAAAUAUAAAGCCGAUAUAAGCGCGUUAAAGAAGAACGCCAAUAAAGUACUCAAAGAGAUUGAAAAUUUGAAACCGGCAUUGAUCGAAAAAUACAACAAUCACAAAGCCAAAGAAGAAGCUCGUAAACAGAAACUAGAAUUACAAGAACAACAAGAAGACGAAAAUAUCAAACAACAAAGUCAGCCGGAAAGCUCUAAAGAUCAUGUGCAUACGACUACAACUGCAAUUGCUACCUCGACGUCAUAUGAAAAUUGGUCGCUGACUGAGGAGCUUAAAGACUUGCAUGUAGGCGAAAGUAAUGUUACGGUCGACAUAUCGUAUCCUUAUUAUAGCAGCUAUUCAGAAAAUAAUGAGCCGAAAUUAUCUUAUCCUGGAGUAUCCGAUCAUAAUAAAAGUGAUGGCUUCACGUAUACCGUUAAUCAUCAAAUAGAUUCUUCAGUCACACCUCCAAAACCACCUGCGAAGAUUCCUCCACUCAACGAUAAUGGACAAUCAAUAUUGCAUUACGAGGCUCAAACGCAACACGUGGUAUCUCCAACAACUUAUGAAAUGCCAGUGCCAGUAAUACCAGAAAAGCACCCAAUUAUACCAGAGAAACAACCAAUUAUACCAGAGAAACAACCAAUUAUACCAGAAAAAUAUCCAAUACCUGCACCUUCCUCACCAAUAUCCCCACCUUCAUACUCAGUCAUUGCGCCUCCUGCUUUACCUCCAAAAGUUCCAAAUGACAUUCAAGAUCAAUUAUUUCCAAGGCCUCCUUUACCUCCCAAACCUAGUGAAUAUCAGAUUGAUGGUUACUCCUCAAAUGAACUUGAUCUACCUAUAAAAGGGAAUAGUCUUGAUUUCAUUCAUGAAUUCCAAGACUAUACAGAAGGUGGCGAACCUCUUCGUCGUAUUUCAGUACCUUUUGAAUUAACCAAAAAAUUUUUGGAUAUUGCUUCGCAAAAUACAAGAAAUAAUUUGGAAACACUUGGAAUUCUUUCGGGAACUUUGUCGCAAAAUGCCUUCACUGUUACAACGCUUAUCGUUCCAAAACAAACCGCAACAUCAGAUACUUGCGCGGCUAUGAAUGAAGAAGAAUACUGUGAAUAUGAAAUUGAAAAUGGUUUACUGGAACUGGGAUGGAUACAUACGCAUCCGUCACAAACAUGUUUUAUGAGUUCGAUGGAUUUGCACACACAUUCUUCUUAUCAGUAUACGUUACCAGAAGCAAUUGCAAUAGUGUGUGCACCAAAAUAUAAUGAGGUUGGAAUUUUCCGACUUACCCACCCACCGGGAUUAGACACAGUUAUGAAUUGUAAUGAAAGAGGUUUUCAUCCUCACCCUAACGAGACUAAUAUAUGCAAGAACAUUAGUGACUUACCAAGUCACGUUGUGAUGAAGGAAAUGGGGUUAACAGUUGUUGAUUUACGAUAA